UCUUCUUUUCUCUACUCGCUUCAGAUUCAAUAAUGUGUUCAAACGUAUCGUCAACAACCAUGCAGAGCUGGAGAGAACGUAGUCCUUCUUCCUACUCACUGAAGAUCCAAAAUUUCUCCCAACUCGAGAACUCAACUCUCUCCUCUAAAUCUAAUGAAAAAUAUCAAUCCCGUCUUUUCUCCUCUGGUGGAUACAAUUGGUCAAUGAUCAUAUAUCCUAAAGGGAACGACAAGGACAACGGUAGUGGGUUUUUAUCAAUGUAUGUGGAAAUAGAUAGCACAAGCCUCAUGUCCAAACCCCAAACUGAGGUGUUUGCAGAUGUCCGUUUUUUCGUCUUCAACAAAAACGUAAACAAGUACAUUACUAUUCAAGAUGUAGAAUCAAAGCGGUUCAAUACACUUAAAACGGUGUGGGGUUUGCCGCAAGUGCUACCGCUUGAUACAUUCAGUGACCCUAAUAAUGGAUAUGUCUUUGAAGGAGAUCAAUGCGAGUUUGGUGUUGAUGUCAUUGUUGCUCCACCCCCUGCCAAUUGGGAUAUCCUAUCUUUUAAUGAAAAAUUCCCUUGUCCUAAGUUCCAUUGGAUUCUUAAGAAUUUCUCCGAGCUGAAAGAACUUGUUUAUACAUCAAGCAUUUUACCAGUGGGAGGAAGGAAAUGGUUUUUAAGUUUGUAUCCCAAUGGCGAAAGUGCAAAAACAGAUGGCGAAAGUGCAAAAGUAGAUGACGAAAGGGUAUCCAUUUAUCUGAUUUUGGCUGACAAUGAAACACUAAGAGAAGAUGAGAAGGUUUUUGCACAAGCUCAACUACGACUUCUAGACCCAUUUGGGCACGAUCACGUCACAGUGGAACUUAAGGAUUGGCACAUCAAAUCAAAUCCAGGGUGGGGGCACCGUCAUUUUAUGUCUCGAACUGAGCUUCAAAAGGCAUACUUGGGCAAGAAAGACACUUUAACUAUAGAGAUAGAAUUUGAAGUUGUUUCUGAGACAAAAUGCUCUCCUAUUAUUUAA